ACCACCCUUUGAAUUCUUGACACUGACACGGAAUUGGCCUCCGACACUAUGUUUGGGGAAUCAAAAGGUUCUAACAAGCAAGUCAUGCAGAAUCCCGGAAGACGUGAAUACGUGGACAAUCCAUGGACUUUGGCCUGACAGAGAAAAGAGUCCAGAUAUUAACAACUGUUUACCACAACAACAAUUUGAUUAUGACAAAAUCAAGGAUAUAGAAAACGAAUUGAAGAGGACCUGGCCUUCUUUUUCCAUGCCUAAUCAUAUAUUUUGGGAACAUGAAUGGUGUACACAUGGAUCAUGCUUACAGGACUGCGCAGAACUCAAGGGAGAGGAGAAUUAUUUCAGAAAAACGAUUGAGUUACAUAAGAACUAUAGCAUCGAUAUGGCUCUGAAAUCAGCAUCCAUCCUACCCGGGAUAGAGUAUUCUUUGUCUUAUAUCACCAAAGCAAUCUACAACGCGUUUAAGAUGGAUCCCAUUGUGCAAUGUUUGACUGUAAACAAUACAGAAUACCUAGCAGAAAUUAGAAUUUGUUUUCAGAAGGACUUCACGUUGAUGAAUUGCCCUGUUACGAAGUUGGAAGGUACACAUGCAUGUGGACCAGCAAAUCUCAUAUAUUACCCAGAAAUGCAUCACAUUUAACCUUCGAAAACCGAAAGAGUUACCGUACAACUUAGUUGAACAUUAAGGCGUGUAAUUUUUUUUUUUGUAAUUUUUUGUUGUUGUAAUGGAAUCGAGUUCACUAAGAUUCAAAUUAAAUUCUUUCUCAAUGUUUUACUCUGUGACUUUGAGGUAUGGUUUCUUUUUGUUUUUAAUUAAGUAAAAUGAAUUACACUUUUUUUUUAAAUACUAGAAAAACCAACAAAUAUCUUUACCUUAUGUGUAGAUGCGACUAUGCAAAACAAUAGGCCUACAGUAGGUGUACUGUAUUUUUGGGCCAUGUUAACCGGGGCUUUUUUUUCUGGGCCCAAUUUUUUCGGGGCCACUUUUACCUACAUUCAAGUACAGUGUAUAAUACUGUACAAUAAUAAUUUUUUUAUGUUUAUAAAUUAUGUAAAAUGAGAACAAAAUAAGAAUAUUUUGAGCCUGAAAUUGGCCAAAAAAUAAGAACACUGAGUCUGAGCAAAAUUUUAAUGGUUCUUAUUUUUUAAAUGUGUAUCAGCUAGCCUUAAAGGUUCGGCGCAAGGUAGGCUAGAAAAUGAAUCGUCAAUUUUAAACUGUAUCAGUUUGGAAAUCUGGUAGUAUUAUUUCAUUGUUACUUCUGUAUUUUAUAUAGUACAUAUUAUGUGUAAAAUACACAUGAAGUAGGUAAAGUGAAUUAAAAAUACAAUUGAGUUAUAUUUUCAAUGGAACAUCACAGCGAUUAAUUAGAUCGAUUAUGAGAAAUUUAAUUAUAAGAGUGUCAUUUCCAGCAGAGAUCCUCUCGUCUCUUCUCCAUUCAUUAUUUUACCUUUUUUGAUGGUGAAUUAUUCGGGGGAUACAGUGUUCGAAUAAAGGACAUAAUACAUUGUG